CGCUCCACCUUGUUACUUACUCUAUGGCCUUGAGGAAAACUAACCUCAUUCAUUUUACAAGUUAACCUCAAAAACUUUAACGAAACUGUGAUUCCAAAAUUGCAAACCCCCAAGACAUGAAAAUCCGAUUGUGAGAAGCUUUCCCUAUCCCAUUUAUUUAUUUAACACGAGCUUUGUUGUGGCCAAUUUCGAGGGGGCUACCGUAUAAUUGAAGACAUUGAAUUGUAGGUUUAUUUAGGCCUCUCUUGGGGAUUCGUUGUCGAAGAAAAAAAGUAGUCAUAGAGUUUUGCAUCUUUAAAGAUUUAACAAAACUCAACAAAUGGAUGGUGAAUUAGUUUUAUCUAAUGAAGAAUUCAAGUGAUGAAGAAUUUAUUGUUAAAGACAGUGGUGUUGCAAAUGAGUCUCUUGUGUUGAGUAGUGAUAGUGAAGAUGAUGCACUUAGGAACACUCAUGGGGUUCCCAAAGACUUGAACAUUGUGUUUGUUGAUGUUGAAACGGCAAAGAAAGAAUUAAGUGACGAAGGAUUCGUUUCAAACCAUUUGGAACAAGAUGGAGGAGUUGAAACAAUUGUUUGCACUUGUAAUGGAGCAUUUCAGUGCUUGUAUCAUUUAAAAAUAAAAGAUGAGCCACAAGUUGAAACCACUUUAAGUAUUAAGGAUGAACCAGAAGUUGAAACUACUGUUUUUACUACGUUGGAAACUACUCCACAUAUUAAGAAUGAACCACAAGUGGAAACUACUAUAAGAAUUAAGGAUGAACCAGAAGUUGAAAUUACUGUUUCCAGUUUUAAGGAUGAACUAGAAGUUGAAACUACUGUUGAAACUCAUGUUUCCACUUCUGUGAAAACUACCCGAAGUAUUAAGGAGGAAACAAAAGUUGAAACUUCUGUUUUCACUGUUUCAACUACUGUUUCAGAAGUUGAAACUACUCUUUCCACUUUUGUGGAAACUCCUCUGAGUGUUAAGAAUGAACCAGAAGUUGAAACAAUUGUCUCAACAACUCCAAGCCUAAAUAAAUCAAACAUUAAAGAUAGGAAACAAGAAGAAUGUCCUUUAAUCAAACCAACGCAGUUCAAAUGUAACAUAUGUGACAAGAUAUUUAAUUUAAUAGUAAAGCAGCAACAUCUUCGCACACAUAAGCCAACAACAAAAGUUUGUGAAAUUUGCUCUCGUGCCUUUAAUUCAAAAGCGCAUUUGGAGGCACAUAUGAGGAUACACACCGGGGAAAAACCGUUUGUUUGUGAAUUCUGUGGUCAGAGAUUUUCACAGAAGUGCAGUAUAAAAUACCACCUCCUUCGACAUACAGGAGAAAAACCAUACGUGUGUGAAUAUUGUGGUAAACGUUUCAUAAGUAAAAGAGACCUAGAUGUGCAUCGACUCAGCCACACUAAAUCGUUAGUUUGUGAAUUUUGCUCGAAAGUUUUCGUGAAGGAGAAAUCACUUAAUGCCCACAAACAAAAUAGACAUUCGAAGGACAAACCGUUUGUGUGUACAUACUGUAACGAGGGAUAUAAUACAAUGUUGGCACUUACAAACCAUCUCCAAACUCAUGGUAUUGAAUGUGAAAAGAACCAAACUGACACAAUGUGUCCAAUUUGUAAUAAAAUCUUUCUUACAAGAACCAAAUUAAAAGUACACUUAUUAAUUCAUGGGGAAAAACAGUUUUCUUGCACCUUUUGCGACAAGAAAUUUGUUACUCAACACCAGCUCACGGUGCACAAAAGAGUCCAUACAGGUGAAAAACCAUACCUUUGUAAAAUUUGUAGUCAAACAUUCACCGCUAACGGGACGCUUCAACAUCAUAUGUAUCUCCAUACUGGAGAACAACCAUACAAGUGCAAAAUUUGUUCUAGAGGUUUUGUUCAAGCUAGUAAUUUAAAACGUCACUUGAAGCUUCAUGAAAAUCCCUAUUCGUGUCCAUAUUGUGACAAAAAACCUAGAAGCAAAUUUACCUUUGAACGUCACUUAUUGAAGAUUCAUGGGAAGGAAAAACUCGAAAGCGUUCCGAAAACAUAAAAAGAAGAAACAUCAAAAUAAAAUAUACAAAAUAAAAAAUAUUUUUAUGGGUGUUUUUUUGACAUUAAACCACAAUACUAGUACCAGACUUACAGAUUAAUCUAAUUUAUCUUAUUAAUUACAUUAUAUCCGAUUGUUUUUGAAAAACAUCCCCUAAAUGGGGCGUUAAAUGUGUCGAAUUAAAAUUGGCCAUUUUUGAAGUUAAAUUAAUAAAAAUUGUUGUGUGAGCUUUUGGUAAAAAAUAAAGAAAGACGUGUCUCACGCCUUUUCAAAAUUCCACCUCCAAGAAGAUUAAACAAGGGUUAAAAUUUGUAUAAGAAUCUGUAAUUUUUUUUAAGUUAUUUUAAUGAAAAUUGAUAGUUGGGUUUUAGGUUAAAGAUGAAAAACACAUGUUUUAGGAUUUGGGAAGUUCCACCUCCAAUAUGUUAAUAUUAUUUUUUAAACUGUGUAAACAGAGAUUAGAUACUCUGCAUAUACGAUUAUUUACUGGGCACUUUAUACUGAACAAAUUUUUAUAAAAUAGAUACUGUACGUGCUUUAAUUGUCAUUUAAAUGUAUUUAAUUUUUUCUGUGCAAAAUAUACAGAAUGUCCUACAAA